UUGCAUGGCGACGCUUCCGGCUGGGCGGGGCACAGCAUGGCGGCGCUCGGGACCUUCCUCCGGACAGGUGUCCGGAGGCUGCAUUGCAGCGCGGCCGCUCGGGCGGGCAGUAAGUGGCGACUCCAGCAGGGCCUGGCUGCCAACCCCUCCGGCUACGGACCCCUGACGGAGCACCCGGACUGGUCCUAUGCAGAGACGCGUCGUCCUGCUGUCACAGGAAAUGGAUGCUGCAGUGCAGGCAUGGCAGUGCAAACAGCAGGAGAUGCUGCAGGAAGAAGAAAGGAAGCGGGAAAACGCCCUCAAACCCAAAGGGAGUCUACUUCGGAGCCCCCUGCCACGCCCGUGAAAAAGCAGCCUCUGGCUUUCUCUGCUACCACCUUCUCUCGAGCAGCAGAGAGCCCUCAUUGUUCCCUGUCUGUCUUCAGAGCAGAAGGACUCGGGUACUGGGAAGAACGGACAAUGAGAUCACUGCCUGUCAGGGCUGGCUCUGUGCCUGCACCCCUGCUUCAUUCCAGCCUUGCUCUGAGAUACUGUCUCCCUCCCUCUCCGGCCGUAGGACUGGCCGGGCUAUGAGCAAUGGUUGAUCUAUGAGCAUGAGAACGGAGCUACCAUUUUCCUGCUUGUGACCUUGCCUUCAGCCCUUCCACUGCCUGUUUGGGCUCAGGCUCUGUGAUGUUGGGCAUUUAAUAAAUGUGCCGGAAAAGCCUUUCCAGCUGAGGCGA